AUGACUGACUGGGCUGCCUAUAUGGAUGAUAACACUAAAGCGAGGCGCAUUUCUUGGAUUCAAGGUCUGAAUAUGGGCGGAACUAGCGACUGGGCCCUUGAUUUAGGGGGUUGGUUUACUGGAAUCAGGGAAAACGGAACCAUGGAUUGGACGCUGGAACCAGCUGAUCUCGACUGUGAUCCAAACGCAUGGCCCAAGACCAUCGAAGAUCUAGACGCAAAUAUCGGCAAGGUGCCGACACCUUGCCGUGGCAUGGCUCUGAUGGAUAUCUUAACUAAUGAGCUUGCAGGUGCCGUUGAUAAGUACAGGGAAGUUUCGUCUUCAGAUGAUUAUAAGCAGAGAUUUGAGUGGUAUGCCGACUGGGUGAAGGACUCCAUCGAACCCCGUUUGAGGAACUUCACGGCUUUAAAAACCGGCGAGGGUCUCAAAUACAUGGACUGUAAGUGGUCUACCCCCUAUGCGAAGGGAGAAGGCCCUUGCACGGAAGUGAACCUUGACCACCCGGACCACGCCGACCUUGGAGGCCGCACUGUUGAGUAUACCGUGAGAGACGAGGAAGGAUUUUACAACGCCCUCUUGAAGGACGCUGGCAUUAGUAAGGAGUGGAUUGAAUGGACAACGAUUACCGAGCCGGAUUACUGCCCCACCUGUCCUCCAAAGGAUGAGUUCUGCCCGCCAAAACCUUGCGACGACAACUACGUGAAGUAUGUGAAUGUGCCCAGCCGCAUUCCAGAUAAGAAUAAGAUCAAAGUCGAGGACCCCAAGGAUCUGAUCGACAAAGCGAUUCCUCAUAUAGAUGAUGUGUUGGGCCUUGCAUAUAUCACCUCCUAUGAGCUGAACAUGGGGAUUUUGGAUGCUGACAUUACUGAUGUUAUCACAUCCCUCAGCAUGCCUGUUUUUAUGCUGCAGGACACUUCCAAAUCGAUCGAGGAAAUCAAAAAGAUUGGCAAAGAGCAUCAUGAUACAAAGAAGAAGGAGCUUAUCCUAAACAUUCUAUCCAUUGUUUUUUCGAUUAUACCUUUUGUGGGAUUUGCAGGACAGGCAGUUGGCAUCGCUACCAGGUUUGCUACGGCCGCCCUUAUCAUUGGUGAGAUCGGCAACGCUGCUCUUACGAUCGUUGAUAUUGUCGAGAACCCGGCGGGAGCUCCUUUUGCCAUUCUUGGUCUACUGAUCGGGGCUGAAGGUGUCCAAGUCAAGGGGGCACGUGAAGGAUUCAAAAAGGCGGCGAAUGUGCGCCGUGCACUCACGCCUGAUGGCCUUAAGAGCUUCUCACAAGAAUUCGUGCGCAAGGAUAACCUCGUCCAAGGGCUACUCAAGAAAUGUUUCAAGUAG